CACUUUUGUUGUAGUUAGAUUUAUUUAUGUGAUGUGAUUAUCAAAAGCUUUUAUUUUUUUAUUGUGCAACUUACCGAGUGAAAUGGCUUGUUUUUUGCCUGAUUGGAUUUUCAAAUAACGAGUUGGUGAAGUGGUGUAAAAAUAUCAAUGUGGAGUGUUGGAAAUGUGUAGUGUGUGAGUGAGUUGUGGAAGUGUCACACGGGAGCGCAGUGGACGGCGGCGGCCGCAGCCAUGGCGAGGAGUUGACGACUGUGGCCCGCCGCGCCUCACGCCGCUCGACCACUCGCGAGACAGGAUGCUGGGCGGCGUGGGAGGGCGGCAUGCGUCGGUGCGCCGGCGCGGCAGCUCGCCGGGCGUGCGGCGCGUGGUGGCCGGGGACUCGCCGCCCGCGUCGCCGCGCCCGGUGCGCCGGCGCCGCGCCGCGCUCGCCGCCUCCGACCACAAGACCUGCGCGCUUAUACAUACCCGCCUCAAGUUGGGAGACAUCAUGUUGGCGGCAGCGCAGGAGGCGGCGGGCGCGCAGGCUCGCGCGGCGCCAGCUGAUACCAUGGGCGGCGCGCACCAGCCCGCUGCUCCGGGGCCCAGCUCGCUUUUUAUAUUCUCCAACGAAAAUCCUAUUCGGAGGUAUACAAAAUUUAUCAUCGAGUGGCCGCCCUUCGAGUACGCGGUGCUGCUUACCAUCAUCGCCAACUGCGUGGUGCUGGCGCUGGAGGAGCAUUUGCCUAACGGCGAUAAGACCAUCUUAGCACAGAAUCUGGAAAAGACAGAGGCGUACUUUUUAGGAAUAUUUUGUGUAGAAGCCUCGUUAAAAAUUUUAGCAUUAGGUUUUGUUUUACACCGAGGAUCGUAUCUUAGAAACGUUUGGAACAUCAUGGAUUUUUUCGUUGUAGUAACAGGUAUCAUCACGCAGCUGCCCAAGGUCGCGCCCGAGGUCGACUUCAGGACCUUGCGUGCCAUUAGGGUGCUGAGGCCCCUUAAAUUAGUAUCGGGCGUUCCUAGUCUGCAAGUUGUGUUGAAGUCCAUCAUCAAAGCGAUGGCCCCGUUGCUACAGAUUGGCCUUUUGGUGCUGUUCGCGAUCGUCAUCUUCGCCAUUAUCGGCCUUGAGUUCUACUCAGGGGCGCUCCAUAAGACUUGUUAUACUUUAGAGGAUAUAAAUGAAAUAGCGACUGAUGGUGACAACCCGACGCCGUGCAAUGCGGACAACGCUACCCUCGCGCCGUUUGGAGCCAAUGUUUGCGAGUACGACAAGAGUACGUGUUUAGAGAAGUGGGAGGGUCCCAAUCACGGAAUCACUUCCUUCGACAACAUUGGCUUCGCUAUGCUUACCGUCUUCCAAUGCAUCACUAUGGAGGGCUGGACAUCCAUCCUGUAUUGGACGAACGACGCGUUAGGUAGUGCGUUCAACUGGGUUUACUUUGUGCCUCUAAUAGUAUUGGGUUCAUUCUUUAUGCUCAACUUAGUUCUCGGUGUUCUUAGCGGUGAGUUCGCUAAAGAAAGAGAGAAAGUAGAAAAUAGACAAGAAUUUCUUAAAUUAAGAAGACAACAGCAACUAGAGAGAGAACUCAAUGGUUACGUUGAGUGGAUUUGUAAAGCCGAGGAAGUAAUAUUAGCAGAAGAACGAACAACAGAAGAAGAAAAAAUGCAUAUAAUAGAAGCGCGAAGAAGAGCAGCUGCAAAAAAGAAGUUAAAAAACCUAGGGAAAAGUAAAAGUACAGAUACAGAAGAAGAGGAGCAAGACGAAGACUGUGCUGACGAGGGUUUCCUGAAAGGCAAAUCUCGGUCAUCCGGAAAGUGCGCAGAUUUUUGGCGCGCCGAGAAGAGAUUUCGCUUUUGGAUCAGACAUACUGUAAAGACACAAUGGUUUUAUUGGUUCGUCAUCGUCUUGGUGCUCUUCAAUACUAUAUGCGUUGCUGUUGAACAUUAUAAACAACCAAAAUGGUUAACUUCAUUUUUAUACUACGCCGAAUUUGUGUUCCUCGGUUUGUUCAUGAUGGAGAUGUGGGUGAAAAUGUAUGCAUUAGGACCACGAAUAUACUUCGAAUCUUCUUUCAAUCGUUUCGACUGCGUGGUCAUAUCUGGCUCCAUUUUUGAAGUAGUUUGGUCCGAGGUCAAGGGUGGUUCCUUCGGCCUUUCUGUACUUAGAGCCUUAAGACUGUUGAGAAUAUUCAAAGUUACCAAAUACUGGUCAUCUCUCAGAAAUCUGGUGAUAUCUCUUCUUAACUCCAUGAGAUCCAUCAUCUCUCUGCUGUUCCUUCUAUUCUUGUUCAUUCUCAUCUUUGCCUUGCUUGGCAUGCAACUGUUCGGAGGACAGUUUAACUUUGAAGGUGACACGCCGCCCACCAACUUCAAUACCUUUCCUAUUGCGCUGCUUACUGUCUUCCAGAUCUUAACGGGCGAAGAUUGGAACGAGGUUAUGUAUGAUGGUAUCCAAUCGCAGGGCGGCAUACAGAAAGGAAUGAUUUACUCAUUGUAUUUCGUAAUUCUGGUGCUGUUCGGAAACUACACUCUCCUGAAUGUGUUUCUUGCCAUCGCUGUCGACAACUUGGCUAAUGCCCAGGAAUUGACAGCUGCUGAAGAGGAACAGGUCGAGGAAGACAAGGAGAAGCAGCUCCAAGAAUUGGAGAAAGAGAUGGGCGCGUUACACGCGGUGGACGGGUCUCCACCCGGAGUAGACUUAAGUCCCUCGUCGCCUGCCAGUAGGAAGAACAAAAAGAAAGAAGAGGCCAAAACAGACGACGAAGAAGAGAUUCCCGACGGACCAAAGCCAAUGCUGCCAUAUUCGUCCAUGUUUAUUUUGUCACCAACUAAUCCAAUAAGGCGUGGCGCACACUGGGUUGUAAAUUUAAAAUAUUUUGAUUUUUUUAUUAUGAUAGUCAUAUGUUUGAGUUCUGCGGCUUUAGCAGCUGAAGAUCCCGUAGAAGAAGAAAGUCCAAGGAAUAAAAUCCUGAACUACUUCGAUUACGCGUUCACGGGUGUGUUCACUGUGGAGAUGCUGUUGAAAAUCGUCGAUUUGGGCAUCCUGUUCCACCCGGGGGCGUACCUCCGCGAUUUGUGGAACAUCAUGGAUGCCGCAGUCGUCAUCUGUGCCCUGGUCAGCUUCGGUUUCGAGAUCGGAGGUGUCAAGAAAGGGGCGGGGCAGAAUCUGUCCACAAUAAAAUCGUUAAGAGUGUUAAGAGUGCUCAGACCAUUGAAAACUAUAAAACGUGUUCCAAAGUUAAAAGCAGUGUUUGACUGUGUUGUGAACUCUUUGAAGAACGUCAUAAACAUUCUCAUUGUGUACAUAUUGUUUCAAUUCAUAUUCGCUGUAAUCGCGGUUCAACUUUUUAAUGGUAAAUUUUUUCACUGCACCGAUAUCAGUAAGAAUACUUUUGAAGACUGCCAAGGGUCGUAUUUCGUGUACGAGCCGAACAGCCUGCUGCCAAAGGUUGCGCAGCGCGUGUGGGCGACGCAACACUUCCAUUACGACAACGUGGCGACGGCGAUGCUCACGCUGUUUGCGGUGCAGACUGGAGAGGGGUGGCCACAAGUGUUACAAAAUUCGAUGGCGGCCACUUACGAAGAUAAGGGACCCAUACAAAAUUUUCGAAUAGAAAUGUCCAUAUUUUAUAUUGUUUACUUUGUGGUGUUUCCAUUCUUCUUUGUUAACAUAUUCGUAGCUUUGAUAAUUAUCACAUUUCAAGAGCAGGGUGAAGCAGAAUUACAAGACGGUGAAAUUGAUAAAAAUCAGAAAUCUUGUAUAGACUUCACGAUAGAAGCGCGACCUCUAGAAAGGUAUAUGCCAAGCAAAAGGACAAGUUUUAAGUACAAAGUGUGGAGAGUAGUAGUCUCUACGCCCUUCGAGUACUUCAUUAUGACCCUUAUCGUCCUAAAUACACUAUUGCUCAUGAUGAAGUACUAUAAUCAAAACGACCUCUACGCGGAUAUACUCAAGUAUUCGAAUAUGGGGUUUACUGGAAUGUUUUCGGUGGAAACCGUGUUGAAAAUCAUCGCUUACGGUGUCAAAUUUCACGAGGCUCCACCACUUCUCAUGGACAUGUUAACAUUCAUGAACCUCGUCUUUACGUUCUUCUUCCUUCUCGAGACCGUUUUGAAGCUGAUUGCCUUCGGAUGCACGAAUUUUUUCAAAGAUCCGUGGAAUACAUUUGAUUUCAUAACGGUCAUUGGAAGUAUUAUAGAUGCACUCAUUAUGGAGUUUGGCGAGAAUACAUUCAACGUCGGUUUCCUCCGCCUGUUUCGAGCCGCGCGACUGAUCAAGCUGCUCAGACAGGGCUAUACCAUUCGGAUACUGCUCUGGACUUUUGUGCAGAGUUUUAAAGCCUUACCCUACGUGUGCCUUCUCAUUGCAAUGCUAUUCUUCAUCUACGCCAUCAUUGGGAUGCAGGUGUUUGGCAAUAUAGAGUUAUCAUCAGACUCAGAUUUGAGCAGACACAACAAUUUUCGAAACUUCAUUCAAGCACUCAUGCUACUGUUCAGAUGCGCAACUGGGGAGUCGUGGCCCAACAUCAUGCUGGCGUGCCUCAAGCCGGCCAAAUGCGACAAGGCUACCGGCAAACCAGCCAACGAGGCCUGCGGCAGCACCCUCGCCUACGCCUACUUCGUUUCGUUUAUAUUCUUCUGUUCAUUUCUUAUGUUGAACUUGUUCGUUGCCGUCAUCAUGGAUAAUUUCGAUUACCUAACGAGGGACUCAUCAAUCCUCGGUGCUCAUCACCUUGACGAAUUUGUUAGAAUAUGGGCCGAAUAUGACCCAAACGCAACGGGAAAGAUUCAUUAUACAGAAAUGUACGAUAUGUUGAAGAAUAUGGAUCCACCGCUGGGGUUUGGUAAUAAGUGUCCAAAUAGGCUAGCAUAUAAAAAACUAAUUAGAAUGAACAUGCCGCUAGACGACGAAGGAAAAGUUAAUUUUACAACUACUUUGUUUGCUUUAAUACGAGAAAAUUUAAAUAUAAAAAUGAGAUCUGCUGAAGAAAUGGACCAAGCAGAUGAAGAACUUAGGGAAACAAUAACUCAUAUAUGGCCACUUCAAUCGAAAAAGAUGUUGGACUUGUUGGUGCCUCGAAACGAUGUGCUCAACGCUGGGAAACUGACUGUAGGAAAGAUAUACGCAGCGUUACUAAUCUUAGAAAGUUGGAGAUCCACAAAGUUUGGCAAGAAUGAACCUCAGGGUGUUCAAAAGGCGUCCCUCUUUAACUGUCUGCUGGACGUGGCGGCCGGGCUGGGCCCGGGAUCGCGGGCGGGCUCGCUGAGCCACGAGGCGCCGGCGAUACCUACGGACGGACAUGGCCACGCCGCCCAUCCGGACGACCCACACACGCUGGCCAACCUCGCAAAACGCAGUACCAGAAGGUCCCACAAGAAUAACAAAAAGGUACUAGAACUACAAGGAUCGCAACAUGCUUCCAUGGAGUCUUUGGACGAAGCAAGAUUACAAGCUCCUCACACGUACCAAAACGGCCACCAGGGAAGAUCGUCUAGUUUAAGACGAACGCCAAGUCCAAGAAGACGCGGCCACUACGGAGGUUACCAUCACGACAUCGGCUUCUCCGACACCGUCAGUAACGUCGUCGAGAUCGUGAAACACGAACACCAGAGGCACGGGCGAACGCACCGGGCGCCCCACCAUUACCAUCCACAUGGGAAGGAGUGGAGAGCGCCGCACCCCACGACCAGCCUGAGCCAGCCCUCGCGGUCGCCCAGCCCGCCACACCACACCUACGUUUGGGCCCCGAUAGGUGGCGACCGGGAACGCGACCGGGACCGGGAAUGGCGCGACCGCUCGUGGGAGCGGGAGGGGGGACGUCGAGGUCGCGGACGGCAACUACCCCCCACUCCUACCAAGCCGUCCACGCUGCACGUGAAGCAACAACCACCAUUCACGAGAAUCAGCCAUAGUCCCUCACACUUAUCGUUAAGGCAUACAGUACGAGAGCCCGUAGAACCUCUGCACGACGAGUACGAAUACGGCCGGGAAGUGGAAAGACUGAUACACCGAGAUUAUAGAUCUAGAGAAAGACGCGGCAGGGGAUACGAGUCGGAGCGCGGAGCGGGCGGCGCGCGCGCCUACGAGGCGCCCGCGCCGCUGAGCUACGAGGCAGCGCUAGCCAUGGGGCGCGGCGGCGGCGCGCGGGCGCUGCCGUCCCCCGCGCCCGCGCCCGCGCCGCGCCUGCCCAACGGGUACAAGCCGCGCGCGCGCCACUCCGACUCGGACGAGGACGACUGGUGCUAGCGGCGCCGCCGCGCGCGCUCGCAGCGGGACGUGCGCGCGCCCGCCCCGCCCCCGCCUGUCCCGCCCGCGCCCGCGCACUCCUUCUGACCGCCGCACGCGCCCGGACGAUGUCGUGUGUAUAUAAACGACUCUCG